CGGAGAAAUCAGAAGGUACUGCAGCACUUUGGGAGUCGUGACUUUGGUAGUAGUUGUGGUAGUACUCGUAUCAUCGACUCUUCGUCUUGCCUAACGUGCAGCGUCACCCACUUGCUGGAAGGAUGAGGGUCCUCCUGGCUUUCGUAUUCCUAGUGGCUGCAGAUGUGCAGGGGCUCGCCGAGACGCUCAAGGAGCCCAAGCCCUCGCCCUCGCGCGAGCCUCGAGCUGCCAUCCUCAUCCCUCGGCCCCCUCAGGAACUGGGUUCCUUCCCAGGGAUGACGCGAAACAACGAGAUUUGUGGCAUCCGACGCAACGCUGUGCCAGACAUCUUCACCAGAAUCGUGGGCGGCUCGCAGGCUGAGAGAAACGAGUUUCCGUGGCAAGUGUCGCUGCAGUUCGUGAGCAAUUGGUACACUCACCACAUCUGCGGAGGCACAGUCAUCGACCAGAGGUGGGUGCUGACCGCCGCCCACUGCACGCACAACUUCGAAAGCCACCAGCUUCUCGUGGUAGCCGGCGAGCACCAUCUUAAACGCAGACAUGGAGAGGAACAGACGCGCAAGGUGGAGACCAUCGUGGAGCACCCGCAGUACAACGUGGAGACUCAGGAGUACGACAUCGCCAUGAUCAAGUUGUCGCAGCCCCUGGUGAUGGAUGGCGUCACCGUCUCGCCCAUCUGUCUGCCGCCCUACCUCAAUAAAUUCACAGGUAACGGCGUGGUGACGGGCUGGGGCAACACCAAGGAGGACGGGGAGAGUUCAGACGUGCUGAUGAAAGUGGUGGUGCCCAUCAUCAGUGACCAGGAGUGUCGCAACAGCUACCGCGCCAUUGGCUACACCGGCCCGAUCAUCGACAACAUGCUGUGUGCGGGAUACAGCACCGGGGGCAAGGACGCCUGUCAGGGUGACUCAGGAGGCCCCUUCAUAUCCCUGGGGCGCGACAGCCGCUACUACCUGGCGGGCGUGGUGUCGUGGGGCAUCGGAUGUGCCAGGCCUCAUGUGCCUGGUGUGUACACCGAGGUGAGUCACUUCGUCCCCUGGGUGAGUGACGUGAUCAGUAACCGCAUCGCUCAUCAGCCCCGCCCCGUCUCCUUGCGCCUUGCUGCCUUCGACGAGACCCAAGAGACCACCGCCACCGCUGCCGAAGGGAAAGAAGAACAUAAUAGUAAUGACACGGAUGAUGACUAUGCAACCAUCACCACAAGCAUCCUACAGCAGUAACUGAAGCACCGCGAGGACAUUGUUUCAAUCAGCACUACAACUCAGGGGUUGAAGACUGCGGCGGAAGAAUAAAAAUGACUUGUUGAACUGCUUUACUGAAUUAUACCGUAUUGGAGACAAAUAUACGAAAAACUGCCAUAACUAUAAUGAGAGACUGCAUUUUGUACAGGUAUGAUUACUGUGCGCACGUCAGAAAACACUAUAAACGUGCUUUUCCUUAUAUUAUCCAUGAGCGAGACGAGGAGAGGCCCUCAAGUGUUAUGUGUUAGCAGUAAUGGUCUGUACGUUACCUGUUGUCACGUAAGAGCUAAGGAACACAAGGAAAGAUACAAGAAGCUAGUGGAUCUACAUGUCCCAGUGAGCAUUUGACAUGAUACAACGAUUCUUAUAACCUGAAUUACUAAUAUAUACGAGUACAUACAUGCUGGCCAUAAUGUCUCCAUGCCGGUAAAAGGUUUAUAUUUAUGUCUUUUAUUUAUGUUUAACACUAAAGAACACAAAAGAACACUAGUACAAAGUUAUGGUGAGGCACUGACCUGACAUCUGUAAACACGUGACUUCGAGUCUGUCUCCUCAAGGAAGCGGCAGUCACACAAGGCUGUCCUCCAGCUCAGAAAUUACCCUCCUAUGGCUAAUACCCGGUUUUCUUUUUUUUUUUUUUUUCCCGUCUGUCUGUCUGCUUGUCUGUCUGUCUGUCAGGUUUACGUUAUGAUGGAAGAAAAUGUCGUUACUCUGCUACAACUGGUGUGCUUCUCAGGGCAUAGCAGUGACAGGGUUAGUGACCACACCGCAGGACCUUCACGCCGAAUUACCCACACUGGACAGCCACUGGACGCCCGCCGCCUCCUUCCCCUGCGUUAGAGUGCAUUUGUCUCUACUACUCCUACUCGUGUCUUUAACGUUAGUGAAUGAACGUGUAUAGCUUUUGUCGUCUGAGUAUUUAUUCGAUAAAAACAUUGAUUUAUGAGU